AUGCCCUUCAACUUUGACUGGGCUAGCAAGCAUGUGGCUAAAAAGCUUCAAGGAAGAGAUCUGAGGCCUGUCAAAAACCUGUCAGAUGCAGACAAUUUCCACGUGCUUGACAUAAUUCAGGAGACUCCUCGAUCAAUUUUCGAAACUGAAGAUAUUCCAGUUGGAUAUAACCUUCGGCAUCUCUUGGACUCCAAUCUUCCUGUUCCAGAGCCUGAAGUGUCAACUCCCAUCGCUCUCAAACAUGACCUAUUUAUGCAACUGAAGGCUAAUGUGGAUGUCGAAACCCUUGCAGGAGGAGGUGUAGAGUUUGUCAAGUCUGGUGGAUAUGAUAUGGAAGUUCAGAAAAUGAGCAUCCCAAAUCCAAAACUGGAAAGUCUUCAAAACAGGAAACUGUUGGAUCAGUGGCCCACAUUUAUGAAGAAUUGCCGGAAAGAAAGAAAGAACCUGUAUGUGGUGACAGAGGCCUAUGAAUUGACCAAGGAUAGUGUUNUGAAUGGCAGAAGCAAUGGCAAAUUUUCAUUCAAAGGGUUCUUCAACCAGCUUGUCAAGGGUGAAGCCAGUGGGAAAAUUGUGAGAAAGGAAUCAAUGAGUGUCUCAAAAGGUUCGGUGUUGGCCUAUAAGAAGUACCAACUGGUCAUUAAGGAUAACACUUGUGACAUUCUCCUUUAUCCUAAUGCUAAGAUGAAGACCUUUCCANACACACCUAAUUAUGCUUCUGCUCCCGAACACACUAACAGGUGUCAGGAGAUAACCAUUGCGACAGGCUCAAGGAUAGAAUACAUCUCCCCGAUUGGAAGAAUAGAGGAGCCNGCCCAUCUAGAUUUCANGUGCCUACAAAAUGAAGUUUCUGAACAAACACUGCAACUGGCUGAUCUCUCAAAGGAUGUUCAAGAAGUUGUGUUCUCCAGUUUCCUUGGCAUACUCUCUGAAGGUGACUGGAAGGCUCUGUAUGACCUGAUGAAAAUGCUGGAGUUGAAUCAGUUGGAUCAUAUGGAUGGUCCAGGUGGCAAAAUCCUGGAUGAGCUGCGAAAGGACUCGAGCCCUUCAUGGAUUGACCUAAAGAAACUCAUUCUUUAUCUCCUUCAAGCCCUGAUUGUCCUGAGCGAUACCCAACUCAUUCUCCUGGCUCAGUCUGUGGAGAUGCGGCUCCUCCUGCAGCAACGAGAGCUGGUAAGAAAUUGCCACGGACUGGCCAUCCAGGGAGGGGGAAGAGGAAA